AUGCCACUUCCAUUCCCCCCGGAAGGAUACUCGGAGGACAUCGUCCGACGGGUGCGCGUCCUGUUCAAUGGAGAGUAUGUUGUAGACGCUUCCGUUCCGAAACUAGUAUGGGAACGUCCGUUCUAUCCCCUGUACUAUUUCCACCAGAAAGAUGUUCAAAUGAAAUAUCUGCUGAAUGGUAAGGCCGAUGGCACUCAUGACAUCGUCGUCCACGAUCGCACCGCUCCUGGCGGCGCGACCACGUUCUCUUCGGGCCCCUUCAAGGGCAUGGUGCGCAUCACCUUCUCGGCCGCCGAUGCCUGGUUUGAAGAAUCCGAACGCAUCCACGCUCAUCCCAAGGACCCGUAUAAACGCAUCCACAUCCUGGAGUCCGCCAAACAUGUUCGUGUGGAGAUCGACGGGGUCGAGGUUGCCAAUACGACCCAUCCCAAACUGCUGUAUGAGACGGGACUGCCAGUGCGCACGUAUAUUCCGCACACGGAUGUACGGUUGGAGUUGUUGAGACCGUCAGACUUGACGACCUCGUGUCCGUACAAGGGGGAUGCAAAUUACUAUAAAAUCCGACUUCCCUCCGGGGAGAAAGAUGGGCUCAUCUGGUGGUAUAAAACGCCGACAGCCGAGAGUGCUGCGAUCACGGGGCGUGUGGCAUUCUAUGAUGAAAAGGUGGACGUGUGGGUGGAUGGGGUCAAACAAGAAAGGCCAGUGACACCGUUCUCCUGA